GUUUCGGCUCCCAUACAGGGCAUCUGCUGCCGCUAUAACUCAGGCACGCGCGGCAGCGAUCCUCGCAACGGUAAGAAACGAAGGGCUGCCCCCAUGAACGGUGAAGAGGCCGCACCAGAGGCUACUGGAUGGUGGGCGCGAGCCAAAGCCCGGUGGUCCUACAGCGAGGCCGCUUCGGAAGAAACGCCGGUGGAGAAGACGCCGCAUGAUCUAUUGAAGGAACUGUCGGACUUGGCACCGGCCGAGGCGGCCAGAACAUUGAAACGGCGCGGCGACAACAAAAGGCGCUCGAGGGCAUAUAGGGAAGCGCGGGCCUGCUACGAGGCCGCCUAUGCUGCCGCAGAAACGGACGACAGCGCCGAGGCGGCCUACGAGCUGUCUUUGCUCCACGCGCAUGGGCGAGGCACGCCCGUGGACAAAAACGCGUCGCGGACGUGGCUAAGGACCGCGGCGGACCUGGGAGCGGUCCGCGCGAUGAUGUUCGUGGCGCAGAUGUCGACGUUCGGCGGGGGCGGCUUCGAGAAGGACGAGCACGUGGCCUUCGAGUACGUCCGAAGAGCGGCCGAGAAGGACUGCGUCCAGGCGGUGCAGCAGCUCGGUGUUCGAUUGCUGUACGGCGUCGGGUGCGAGCGAGAUUUACAGAGAGCGGUCGAUGAAUUGGAAAGAGCUGUCGAGCUGGGUAGUGUCGAUAGUAAGGAGGACCUCGCGAAGGCGAGGAAAAAACUGCGACAAUCGAAAAGCUGCUUCCGGAAGCUCCGGAAGUGCUGCGCGAAGUGCUGCGGUUGUAGGGGAGUCUGGUCCAAAAAACUGAAGAAGCAGGACUCGGCUUUACGGGUGAAGGCGAUGCCGUCGGAUUCUGUGAGGAAAGCUUUUUCACCGGUCUCCGCCGAGGCGCGGCAACAGACCGUGCGGCCGCGGCGCUAG